AAUAAUAAUUAAUUCCUUAAUAUCUUUAUCCAUUAAAAAUGAAAUUAUUUAUUUUAUUAACUGUAAUAAAAUUGCUAACCAUUGUUUAUGCUAAAAGUUUGAGCAAUGAUAAUGGCAUAUUUGAAGUGACCUAUCCUGGUAUCGGACACUUUACACUAUUGGACUUUUGGGAUCCACUACACCGGCCGGUAGUACUGUUACCGCAAAGCCCUGACCACAUCGCUACCAAAUUUUUGCUGUACACCCGACAAAACCAGGAUUCGCCGCAAACCAUCAAACAGGGCGACCAACAGGCCAUCAAAUCAAGUCAUUUUGAUGGCAAAAAACAGACAAAAUUUAUUAUUCACGGAUUCUUUGACAACCAGAUUGUCGGCCAAUGGAUGAGAGAUUUGAAAACAGAAUUUCUGAAAUCAAGCGAUUGUAAUGUCUUUCUUGUAGACUGGAGUGGCGGUAAUGGUAUGCCUUAUGUUCAGGCAACGGCUAAUACUAAAGUGGUGGGACCAGUGUUGGCAUUGUUUAUCGAAGAUAUCAAAGCAGCGGUCGAUAUUAAUUUAAAUGACGUUCAAAUACUUGGCCACUCAUUGGGUGCACAUAUAGCUGGUUAUGCCGGUCAACGAUUGAAUGGUAAGGUCGGUCGCAUUACUGGUAUGGAUCCGGCCGGUCCUUACUAUGAAGGUUUGGCCAAUAAAGAUGCCAAACUUGACUCCACUGAUGCCCUAUUUGUUGACGCCAUUCACAGUGAUGGCCGCCAUCUGGAAACACUGCCCGACGUAGGCUUCGGUAUGAUGGAAACAUCCGGUCAUUUAGACUUUUACCCGAACGGCGGUCACAACCAGCCGGGCUGUGAAAACGAAAAGUGGACAACAAUUGCUACCGACGGUCUGUUUGAAGGCGUCCGACGCUUCUCCUCAUGUAAUCAUCAGAGAGCUGUCGACUUUUAUAAGGCGACAAUCAAUGCGGCGCCGACUACUGGUAUUGGCCACCAGUGCACCGAUUUUGAUGCAUUCAAAGCUGGAAAGUGUGUCGACUGUGGUUCAGAUGGUGUCAAAUGUGCUCAAAUUGGUGUCAAUGCUGUCAUAUCGGAAAAAUAUGAGAAGCAAACUGUGGGAACAAAAUAUUUUUUGAAAACUACAAAUAAAUAUCAUGUGAUGUAUAAUCUAAAUAAUUUGUUUUAA